AUGCCAGAAAUCCGCAUCCACCCCGCAACCGAACCCGACGCCACCACCCUAGCCACAAUCUUCACAACAAGCUUCACCACUGACAUCGACCUCGCCAUGUUCCCGCCCACCCCCGCCGUCCACAACUGGUGGACCCGCGUCUUCGCAGCCGACAUUGCACGCACACCCAGCACACGGGUCUUCAAAGCCGUCGACGACGCCACCGGCAAGGUCGCCGGGUACGCCGUGUGGGCGCUACCGGGGUGCGCGCACGCGGGAGACGACGAGAUGCCGCCGUUCCCGGCGGAGUGUGAUGCGGGACUGUGCGAGAGGUUUUUUGGCGCGAUGGAUGAGAUGAUGGAUGUUGUGAUGUGUGGAGUGGAGGGGUUUUAUUAUUUGAAAAUGCUGGCUACGCGGCCUGAGUACCGCGGACAGGGGAUAGCGUCACGGCUGCUGCGGUGGGGUAUGGAGAGGGCAGAGGAGGAGAAGGUGCCUGUGUUUUUGAGCAGUUCGCCUGCUGGGAAGAGUGUGUAUGAGCGGGCGGGGUUUGAGGAGAAGGCGAUGAGGGUGCUUGAUGGGGGGUAUCAGCAGAGGUAUUUCGUUUGGAGGCCGGAUGGGUGUUGA